UUUUACGCAACACCGUUUCGUGACUUCCUGCUUGAUAAAUUUAGAAAUUAGUAAUUAGAAGACUUUUGAAAUAAAAUAAAGUACCCAUAUGAAAUAAACACGUAAAUAAUUAUGUGUUCAAUACGUGAGUGACAUGUAAAUCAAAAUCGAAUGCUCCUGUCUGUAAUGUCAACAAAGUUAUUAGUAAAAGAAUAUUCGGAUACGCUAUUUCGGAUAAAAAUAUCAAGUUAUUGAUAUUGCACUAUACCAAUUUGUUGUUUAAAUUGGUAAAGAUAGAAAAAUGAAAUUCAAGACAGUUUUAGAAGGUGAACAAGCAGUGAUAUUCAACCAUCUUGGGGAAGGUAGACUUGUGGUUGGACCUGCACGGGUGUUUUUGUUCAGGGAGAGGUUACAGAAGUUGAAAAGACACACAGCAACACAACAUGAGUAUUUGAAAAUCAGGGAUAACAAUGGAAUUGUUACUCACAAACCUGGGCCGUGUGAGAUAUUUUUCAACCCAAUGUUGCAUGAGAAUAUAAAUGUGAUGGACGCACUGAAGCUAGAUGCUAACCAUAUGAUUGUUGUAUAUAAGAGGUUAAAGGACAGCACGGUACAACGAAGAAUUAUACAAGGUCCGACGGUGUUUGUACCAGAGGCAGAAGAAUGGUUACAUGAGUUUAAAUGGCAUGGUACUGACCCAGAUAACAAAACGAGGAUGAUUCCUGGCAAAGAUAAAUUCCAUCAACUUGCUGUUAUCCCAGAACAGUUCUAUUACAAUGUACGAGAUGUAAGAACAAAUGAUGAUACUAUGAUCACAGUGAAGUUAAUGCUGUUUUAUGAGCUCAAAGAUGUUCUCAAAAUGCUUGACACAACACACGACCCAAUAGCUGAUAUGAUCAAUGGAAUGUGUGCAGAUGUGAUAGCAUUUACUGGCAAGUUAAGCUUUGAGCAGUUUUUGAAAGAGUCACACAAACUCAGUGAUUUAACAUCAUAUACUCAGUUAGAACAGAGGGCAGAAAAGAUAGGGUACCAGUUACAGAAAAUAGUCUUUAGAGGGUACCAUUCCAGCGAUCAACUACAGAUGAUGCAAAACAGUGCGAUUGAGUCUCGAACCCAGCUUCGUCUGAACACAGAGAUAGAGGGGCAAAAACAACUACUAGCUGACCUGAAGAUGAAUAAAGAACAGGAGAGGGUUAAACUCAAACAAGAGAUGGAAAAGAGUAAACAGUUACAUAAUCAGAAGAAAGAUGACAUGGUUCAAACACACAAACUUGCCUUACAACACUUGGAACAUGAACAGAAACUUGAUAUAAGAGAACUUAUGACAAAAGCUAGACUAGAUAUAAAGAAACAAGAAGAUGAGCAGAAGAUAGAGCAUCUGAAUCGACUGAAGGAUCUCAGUAUUGAUCUAACAGCAUACCUAGCCAAUCAGCAGUCGCCCCCGGUAACGGAGGAACUCCAAGUUACACGGCCUAAACCUUCACCUGAAAACUUUGCAGUGUGGUAGUAGCGAUGAUAUUCAAAGAAUUUUUUGUUGGAAUCUAUUAAUUUUUGCAUUAAGUACAUGUAUAUUUAUUAGAAUAUUGUAUUAGUUCUUAUUUUGUUGAAAAGUGAAUCAAUGAACUAUGA